UCGGACUCGUGUGGCUUGACCACUGGGUGCAGUCGUGCGUGAUCACGCCGUUAUGUAUUGUCUUUGAUGAAAUUCAUCAUUCUACUAUUCAGUUCGCCUCGUGUCUGCGUGAGGUGGAAAAAUGUGGUUCAUCAGCGUAGGCGGUCACGAGGAAGCUGAAGCGAGCCAGUGAUAUCAUGAGAGGAAACAGCGACCACUGUCCAGGUUUUUAGUGUCCAGUGGAUGUAGUGGUGGUCGGAACACACCCCAGUUGCCAACCAGUGUGUCGUUCGCCGCUGAGUAGAGCAACGAGUCUGGCAAAGUAGAUGGGCAGAUUCCUGGGCUGAAGACGAGUACGGCUGCAUCCAUCGUUGUGAGCACUACUGUGAGGGACAAAUAAAUCCGAGACGUUUUGGAAGUGCAGCGGACGGUAGAUCUACCUGGCACUGAUGGUUGCUGGCCCACUACCACUGUACCAGCCCCAGUUUCACUGUCAGGUCCGGGCCGGGAGUGCACAGUCGACUGUACUGCCACUGUACCACCUGUAGUGGCUUACUGUAGCACAAGAGAAGAGAAGAGUUGGUGGGAGUGUUAUGCUGCACGCCCUUAGCCACGGGCAUCAUCAGAGUCCACAUCAUAUUACUCAUCCCGUCCAGGAGUGUCUGUCCCCAUACCUCUACUAGGUAAGAUAUCCCCGGGUUAAUCCGGACCCACCUCUAAUUCAAGCCAAAGAGUUACAUCCUUGUUCUUAGUCGUUGCUUCUGCUAUCCGCACCGUAUCAGGCUGGUUGUGGAGUGAGAAGUGUGAGUGCUAAGUUAGGGGAACACUCGAGGAAAGACCAAGGAAGGAGCACUCCCUGCAGUUCAGCGUCCAGUGCAUGUCAUAAAACAAGACUUGCUCCCACUGUAAAUACGCCAGUAUCUCCAGCAGCAGCCCCAGUAGCAUCAGCAUCAUCAUCACCAGCAGCAGCAGACGCAGCGCUAACAGUGCACAGCUUCCUAUCUCUACCUCUCUACCAUUACCAACCAUCUGGAAGUGGUACACAUUGUCACCUUUGACAGCUGUCACCAAAAUCAAACCUCCCUCCACAACUGCCGGGGUGAUACAACACAACAGCUUUGCCGAAUGCCAUGAGCACCAUUGCGGGAGUCGGUACAAGGUCACCACUUAGGACGACAUCAUCGCUGCCGACACAGGAUGACGGCGGUGGCAGUGCAGCCGAGACGUUUGCAAUCGGUUUUGCAAUCGGCGGCACUCUGCUCCUGGCAGGCGUGAUCAUUGUGCUAGUCCUACAGACCAGAAGAGGGAAGUUCAAAUCAUGCUUGAAGAAGACACCGAAAGAUCCACCAUUAGUGGUGACGAGCAUACAGCUAACAAGCAGCAGCAAGUAUAACAAUGGCAGCACUCCACACGGCACACUGCAGCUGGAUGAACCUCUGCCAGGAAGAUUCAGCCGGAUUUCAAGCAUCGCCAAUGGCUCACUGAAUUGCUUCAGCCCGGGAGGAACUCUACACCGCUCGCCAUCGUCAGCCACGGCGACAUCUCGCGCUCCACAAAUAUCUCCCACUAUACCAAUAGUACCGGCACCUCUCCCUCCUCCUUUGACGACGGAUUCGCUACCGCGCGAUACGUCUAGAGACCACCUGUACUCCGAUCCGGAGGCUUGUUAUCGAAUGCCACUGGAUGCAAUCAUGACCAGGGAUAACACUGCGGAGCAAUCUGACCCGCACACCUAUGCUGAUCCGGACGCAACGCUACCACGCCGCAGCACUGUCAGUGGGAGGCCAGUCCCGGCUCCUCCGGAUGGCCUGGAGUAUGGCUCUGUACCCGUAGCUGAGGCACAGAAACGGGCAAUGCAGGACCGCAAGGCGCGUGCCGCCACCAUGCACUUUGCCACAGACGACAGUGAUAUCGACUAUGGGCCGUACCGCACUACCGACCUCAAGUCUAGCACCAGCCUGAGCAACGUGCACGCCAGUACACAAUGCGAACCGGCCUAUCAUGUUCAACCCGUGGCUGGCGGCUCGUGGAACAAGCGUGUAUCCACUCACAGCUCGGCUGUUCCUCCUCCGACCGGUCGUCCUCCCUUAUCACCAAGUCACCAGCGUUCCUCCAGCAUGAGCCUCUCCCCAAGAACCACAACAAAGCUGUCUUCACUCAGGUCAACUUUGAGCUCGGUCCGGGGCCCACGGAAAUCGCACAGUCUGCAGAACCUUGCAAGUCGUGUUAAUGAGAGUAAAUUGCGGGGUGAGUUACCUCCCAAGCCUCCUCGCCAGCGGCAAAAUCUACCUGUUGUCCCAAGUGCCCUCGUGGAAGGUCCUCCAAAACCUCCGAGAGUAAAGCAUGUGGACCCUGAUUAUAUCUUUGUCAAGUCAAAGUCCUCGGAGAAUGCUGCUGUGGAUAAUUCCCAGCCCAGGCGAACUCCACUCCGCACGUGCAAGUCAGUCCCAACACGUCUCCAUGCUGCGCACAAGCGUGUGUCUAGCUCAUCCUCUGCAGCUGACCAAAAACAGGCAGCAGUGCUGGUUAAUGUCGUGCCCAAGCCGCUCGUCCGCAUGGCCAGUAGUGAACAGAUUGAGCUUCCCGACUCCCUGCGCCGACCUUCGGCUGUUCACCUAGCUGAACCUCUCUCUGACCUGAGUGAGUCCGCAGGUUGCCUUGACCUCAAGGAUGCACUUGCUCAUGCACAGAGUCGGGACGGAAAGGAUCAAGCUGGCACAAUUUCCCCGGUCCUGGAAGGGGACAUGAGUGACAAUGAUGAGGAUGCAGCAGGAGUUGAAUUGAGUAAUUUUGGCCGAAUGAACAGACGCCAUAGCACCAGCUUGCCUGAUCUCUCUCAGCUAAUGACAGGGCCUGGCGCAGAUCGGGUCCGUGAUAAGUGGCAGUUUCGUAUGAGUGCCGUGAAAGAAGGGUCACGUGACGAGAACGACCCACUGCGGCAGGCCAGCUUUGAGCACAGUCUUCAGGAACGGCAGGCACGCAAGCUAUUCCUGCAUUCACGAAUGUCCGCAGUGGACAAUGAGUUAUUGAAGCCGCCUGAGGAGCCGGAAUGCGAACCGAACUACUGGGUGCUUGAGAAGCAGGCAAGUCAGGAAUCGUUCAGCUCACUCUAAUUGAAGAUACAGUAGCGUGCAUUGAAAUCCUAUUUUCAAAUUUUCUUGAAACCGAGUAUUAGAAUGUUUUCCUGGCACAAGCAAGCUACUGUGCAGAUCGGUGUAGACACGCCUUGAGUUGGUCAUUCUCACUGCAUAGCCACACGCUAGCACACUAGCUAGCUAUUGAACUGACCAAUUUGUGCUUCAGAGCAUCCCUCCCCAGUCCAAUUCCACAUAAUCUACCUUCCAUGGAGCAGCAGACCAGUGGUCACGUGAGGCCACUCCAUGCAAAACACUUCAAAAUGAUGAUGCAACAUGUAUGUCGCUAAUGCAUAACUACAACAACCUCUAACCCUGGUAUACUAGCCCAUUCCUAGUGAAGCUACAUAACAAAAAGUAAGAUGAGAGGUGAUACGUAUACCGAUACGGAUACACCGCACCUGUGAUUACGAGGUAUCUUGACAUAAUUAUUGUAAAUACCAGAAGUUAACUUUUAAAAAUUGAAGAUCGUUAUUGUUACAUGUAUCUGAUCUGAGUAUUAUCCUGAAAUUGUGGAAACUUUGACGAAAUGGGAAAGUUUUGAUAGCAACGCA